CCUCGUUCAAAAUUGUCUUCCUCGAAGUGAUUGGUCAAUGAAUUUUGACCACAAUGAACAGUUUGCGCAGAGAGAUUGUGUUUACUGGACUGGUUUUGGUGCUGACACUCGUCCAUCCGAGCCUGAUUACCCUCGGCCAAAAGAUGAAAGGAAUCAAACUAGCUGAUCAUCUGGAGGGAGACAUCAAACUUUCACCAAAUGUACAGUCACUUGUCGCAAAAGGUGUCAAAACGGACAAGAAUUAUGAGCCCAACGAGAGAGGAGCUGUGACCAACAAGAUAUAUUUAUGGACAAAUGGAAUCGUACCGUAUGUCAUUGACUCAGCCUUUGAUAGCUACUCAAGCGACAGGCGAGCCAUAAAGGACGCAAUAGCCACUGUGGAACAGAUCUCUUGUGUUCGUUUUAAAACAAGGACAAAUGAGCAGUAUUACAUAAAGUUUGUCAGGGGCUAUGGCUGUUGGUCAUACGUCGGUCAAGUCCAUAUGUCUGGAAGCCAGCCAAUCAGUAUUGGAACAGGAUGUGGUUUUAUUGGAACGGUAUUACAUGAACUCAUGCACGCCUUAGGAUUUUUCCAUACCAGUUCACGCCAUGACCGCGACUCAUAUGUUGUCGUUAUGUCUAAAAAUAUCAUGAAAGGCUAUGAAGUGAAUUUUAAAAAAUAUAACCAUGGUGAUAUAGACAGACUGGAAGCACCGUAUGACAUGACGUCACUUAUGCACCUGCCGAAAGACGCCUUUAGUAGAAAUGGUCUGAACACUCUGGAAGCACGUGCUGGACCUAACGUGCCACUGGGAAGGACAGAUAAACUGUCUGAGAUUGAUAAGGCUCAGCUAAAUUCACUUUAUAGUUGCACAGGUUACCCAAGUUGUUACAAGGCGUUCGGUAUGGAGUCUUUUAAAAUUCCCGACUCCAAAAUAACAGCCAGUUCAUAUAAAAUGUAUCAUGAACCUCACCAAGCCAGGUUACAUAUGGUAGCCAGCGCUUCAGGGAAUGGUGCCUGGUGCGCAAGUCAGAGUUUCCAGCAAGGCGAAUGGCUUCAGGUGGAUCUUGGAGGAAGAAAAGUAAUAACGGGAAUUGCAACCCAGGGGAAAGUAAACUUGUUUGUCAAUGCCUGGACAACUUUCCUUGAAUUAUGGUACAGCAUGGACCAAAAUAUCUGGUAUAAAGGAUUUAGUGGCCAGUUAAUUUCUGCAAACUUUGACAUGAGCUCAGUUCAAUAUAACCAGGCGCCAACACCUUUCACCGCACGCUACGUGCGAUUUGAACCUAUGUUUUGGUACAACGAAAUUUGUCUCAGGGUGGAAAUAUACGGGUGUGAUGCUUGAUGAUUGCAUGCAGCUUCUUGUGCCUCCAGAAAGUGUUUUUAAUUUGCAACUGAAACAGAUGUUAAUACCACAUACAUCAAGGGAAUAACUUUGAAACUCAAAUGGUCAGAGACAAUAAACUUUCCCUGAAUAUAAUGACUAGGAACAGAAUCAUACUGGUGUCGCACUAGGUGUAUUAUUUGUGGGAUGUGCCCUUGGAAAACGGGUGUCGUAAUAAAGAUUAUUUU